AUGACUCGUCUCGGCAACUUCAGGGCAUACUGCCUCGUGGCCCUGAGCUGCGUUGGGUCAUUUCUCUUUGCCUACGACACGGGCAUCGUCGGCGGCGUCCUCACUCUUGAUUCUUUUCAGAGGGACAUGAACUUCACGGCCGCCGAAAAGGCCAAUGUCAGCUCUCUUUCAGCGAGCCUUCUACAAGCCGGGGCCUUCUUUGCGUGCUUCUUUGCCUGGCCCUUCACUGCUCGCUUCGGUCGGCGAUGGUCCCUUGUUCUCGCUUCCUGGAUCUUCAUCGUCGGUGCUGUCUUGCAGAUCAUCAAGGUUAACGGGGUUGGGGCCUGGUACACCGGGCGUUUGAUAUCGGGGUUUGGUGUGGGCAUUGCCACGGUUGUCAUUCCCAUGUACAGCGCCGAAAUGGCACCCAAACAGAACCGGGGACAACUUGGAAGCAUGUUCCAGUUCUUCUUCACCCUGGGAGUGAUGACUUCAUAUUGGAUCGACUACGCCGUGGCGAAGCAUUUAGAGUCGUCCAGCCUACAGUGGCGGGUUCCCGUGGCUCUGCAGCUCGUUCCAGGCGGAAUACUCGGUUUGGGCAUGCUGUUGACAAAGGAAAGCGUCAGAUGGCUCGUCAAGCGCGGUGAUCACGAAGGCGCAUUGGCAUCGCUGACUUGGAUAAGAGGGGAUGAAGAUCACGCUAUCGUUAAGCAGGAGAUGGAUGAGAUCCUCGAGGGUAUCAGAGAAGAAGAGAGCCUCACCGAAGGCCUCACAUGGAAAGAAUACCUCCUGCCGACCAACCGGUGGCGAUUGAUGAUUGCUAUCACCCUGCAGAUUGGUGUCCAGCUUACCGGCAACACGUCCCUUGCAUACUUCUCGCCCCAAAUUUUCAACGCAGUCGGAGCAGGAGAUAACUCACUACUGAUUAGCGGCUUCUUUGGCGUUGUCAAGGUGGCCUCAUGUCUGUUCUUCCUGGUUUUCCUGGUCGAGAGAAUCGGACGACGAGGCUCGCUGCUUGGGGGUGCCUUCAUGAUGGGCGUCUUCAUGCUUAUUGUGGCCGUGCUCACCGCUACCCAUCCCCCUAGCGCAAGCUCUGGAAUGACCAGCACCUCCAUUGCUUCUCUGCUGAUGAUAUAUCUUGAGGCAAUGACUUACAACUUGUCAUGGGGCCCUGUACCGUGGCUUUACAUGAGUGAAAUAUUUCCGACUCGAAUCCGCGAAGGGGGAAUCGCCGUGGGCACUGCAACCCAGUGGUUGUUCAAUUUCACGUUUUCUCAGAUUACUCCUCACGCCGUCGACAAUCUGGGCUGGAGAACAUUUCUGAUGUUUGCCAUCUUUAACUGGGCCCUCGUCGUCUAUACAUGGUUCUUCAUUAAGGAGACGAAAGGGCGGUCUCUCGAGGAGAUGAACCUUGGUGAGCUUGGCAGCAUUCAUUACUAG